CCUGGUGGAGAAAGAAGCAGCAACACCUCCUCUCUCUGCACCGGCUCGUCGGUCUCAGGUCCAGGCUCGGGUCCUGCUGCAGAGCCCCGACAUUUUACCAUCAUGGAGCUCCGCUGUGCGCUCACUUUCCUCUGCCUUGUUGUGUCUGCGGGCACAUCGGACACUAAACUGAGCGACCACUUUGUUCUGGAGCCUUAUGAUUUCCUCUUCGACACGGCGGUGGAAGCUUACUAUAAUGGGGACUGGUUAUCGGUUAUUCUGAACAUGGAGAAAGCGCUCAAAAACAAAGCUACGGUGCGCAAAGUUAAAGCUGAUUGCCGGCAGAGUUGCGCCAACCAGACCGCUUUCGGCGAGCCUUUGGCCGGGCUGGGAGUUCCCAUACCAGGGACCGGCUCCGUGGACGAUCUGGGCUUCUUCCAGAAAGUCCUGAAGCGGGCCGACUGUGUGAACUCCUGCGAAACGGAGAAACUCGGCUCACCAAGUUUGCAUCACGUCAGCGAGGAAAUAGAGCUGGAGUUCAAGAAGAGGACCCCAUAUAAUUACUUACAAGUGGCUUAUUUUAAGAUCAAUAAGCUGGGUAAAGCAGUGGCGGCUGCCAACACGUUCUUCCUGGCCAACCCAGAUCACAUGGAGAUGAGGCAGAAUCUGGACUACUACAAGAUGAUGGCAGGAGUACAGGAGGAAGACUUCAAAGAUUUGGAGGCCAGACCGCAUAUGGCCGAGUUUCUGCUGGGAAAGAGCCACUACAGCGACGACUCCUUCGUCCUGGCAGCUGAACACUUUGAAGCAGCCGUGGAUGAGUACUUCAUAGCUGAUAAGGAGUGCAGAGCUCUAUGUGAGGGAGCAUACAACUACGAUGGAUACAACUACAUGGAGUACAGUGCAGACCUGUUCCAGACCAUGACUGACCACUACCUGCAGGUACUGAACUGUAAGCAGCACUGCGCCGUGGAGCUGGCCUUAUCUGCUGGCGGAGACAAACCCUUUGAGGACUUCCUGCCGUCACACUUCAACUACCUGCAGUUCUCCUACUACAACAGUGAGAAGUACGAGCAGGCCAUAGAGUGUGCUAAGACCUACCUGUUGUUCCACCCCGAGGAUGAGGUGAUGAACCAGAACCUGAAUUAUUACUCUGCCGUGCUGGGUGAGGACAAAGCAGGAACCAUAUCAGCCCGACAGGUGGUAAAACAGCACAUUCAGCAGUCCCUACUGGAGAAAGAGCUGCUCUACUUUGGUUACGAAGCCUUUGGAUUGACUUUUGUAGAUCCAAACUCAUGGACUCCUGAAGAUGUCAUGCCAAAGAAACUGAGAGAUAAACAGAAGGCUGACAGAGAGACUGCAGCGAGGAUCACAGAGGAGAUCGGAAACCUGAUGAAGGAGAUCGAGAAUCUGGUUGAGGAGAAGAAGAAGGAUUCUUCAGAAAUGGCCAAGAUGAUAGUGCCGCAGGAAGGUGGUGCUCUGCUGUACAAUGACAUCAAGGUGACCAUGACAUCCAAGCAGCUGAAUGGCUCCCAGCGGGUGUUGCUGGAUGAUGUGAUCAGUGAGGACGAAUGCAGGGAGCUGCACCGCCUCUCCAAUGCAGCUGCUCUAAAAGGCGAUGGCUAUAGAGGUCGACCGUCCCCGCAUUCCCCCAGCGAGACGUUCCAGGGAGUCACCGUCCUGAAGGCUGUCAAGCUUGGCCAGGAGGGGAAGGUCCCUCUGAAGAGUGCUCGUCUGUUCUUUGACCUUAGUGAGAAAGUGAGGAAGGUCUUAGAGUCCUACUUCCGUCUGGACACUCCACUCUACUUCUCCUACUCCCACCUGGUCUGUCGCUCGGCCAUAGAUGAGAAGCAAGAGGACCGGAAGGACCUGAGUCACCCUGUCCAUGUGGACAACUGUGUGCUGGUUUCUGAGGUCAACGAGUGUAUAAAGGAACCUCCUGCGUACACCCACAGGGACUACAGUGCCAUCCUGUAUCUAAAUGAUGACUUUCAAGGAGGGCAGUUCAUUUUCACAGAGCUCGAUGCCAAAACAGUCACGGCUGAGGUGCGUCCGAAGUGUGGCCGCGUGGUCGGUUUUGGAGCAGGAAAGGAAAACCCUCAUGGUGUCAAAGCUGUCACCAGGGGUCAGAGGUGUGCUGUUGCUCUGUGGUUCACCCUGGAUCCUGCUCAUGAGGAAAAGGAAAGAAUCCAAGCUCAGGAUUUGCUGAAGAUGUUUUCUACUCCUGUGAACGCAGAGUUCAGUAAAAAUGAGGCCACGGACACCUCUGAGUCUCAGGCGCUUCCACCAGAAGCUCCCGCACAGGCUGUCCAGGAGCCAGCAGGUAAACAAGAAGCAGCAGAGGAGAAGCUGAAUGUGCCAGGUGACGCACAGGCUGACAAACCGGCCAACCUGCUGAAGGAGGUGAAACCAGUCAGUAAAGGAACGACUAAAACCAAAGCUGCACCUAAAGCUGGAGAUCAAACGAAGGCUAAGACAGCAGACAAAGUUAAAACUGCGGCUAAAAAAGAAGGAAAACAGACGGUGAAAACAAAAGCAAAGCAGGGUGAUAAAAAGAGCACAAAACCAGCUGCAAAAAAGACAGCAAAAGCAGCCAAGAAGGACUUGACCGCAGCACCAGACUCUCAGAAUGGCAAAGAUGAACUGUGAUCAAACAGCACGUGCCACUGUUUCCAUGUGGGGUCCUUUUUUUUUUUUUUUUUUUUUUUCCCCCAACUGUUAUUUGUUACAAAAUGUUAUUUUUCUUUAAAUUGAUUAAUUAUUAUGGCUGCCACUUAAAAUGUUACUUUUUUAAAUAAGUAUAUAGUUGCUGACAAUCUGUUGUUUGUGAUACCUUUUGCCCUGUGAUAGCUGGGAUAGGCUCCAGCAAUCCCUGUGUUGGAUAAACAGAAGAAAAUGGAUACAUAGAUGGACAAUCUUCCCAAAUGACCACAGUCACAGUCACCUGUAUUUGGCACUACCUCUGAAGAGGGUACAUACUGCAUUUCCAGCUCACUUUAAAUAGCCGUGGAUCUCUGUUUUACUUCACUGGUCAUGUCAUGAUGUGAAACUUAGCAUACGUGAGUAAGAACUUCAAAUCAGCUGGUUAAAAUUGGUCAAAUAAAA